AUCUCUGGUUGAGAAUAGAUUGGUUGGAAGCUUAUCUUACCUUCUGUCAACUUUUAGGGUAAUGUGACUGUGAAAGUGUGAAUUUUCUGGACAGGAAAGGGGAAAUUAUUAAAUUGGUUUUUUUAAAAAGUAAGGUUAUUAACAUCUGUUCUAUCACAAAUCAGUGUUAAAAUGCUAAAACUAACCAAAAUAAAUGUCUUACCUUACAAAGAAAUGGUCUCUCUUGUUCUGACCACAGUUGAUUUUCUUUUAUGCUUAGCUUUGGUGUUUACUGUUUCUAACUUUAAAAAAUUAUCCUCUAAAAAUUAGCCCUUCUGAGCUAUUAGAGGUUCCAUGAUGAUUAUACUUAUGCAGUGAAUGUACCUUGGUAGAAAUGAUCUUUUUUUUUAGUUAGCAUUUUCAAAUGUCAAUUUUAUUAAGGCAUAACUGGCUGGAAUAGUCUUGAGUAGGGAGGCCCACCCCAAAUGAGAGAGGUAAAAUUUAUGUUUCUAAGAAAGCAGAGGACCUGGGGUUACAGUCUCAGAAUGGCCUCACAUGAGGAUGACUGGGUAGCAUGUUAGGGUGUGAGUGAUCCUACUAACAGGCAGUCCCCAAACAUAUCCCUGCCUCAGUGCCACCACUAGCAUUAUCUCCCUAUGACAGCAUUGCCCUUUUUCCUGAGUAAAAAACUCAGUUAGCUGCCUUUUUGCCAAGACAGGAAAGGCCUCUAGUCUCCUGUUCCCCAGAGCAUGAGGCCAUAGACUAACUCAUUAUUUGUCAGACCUCUUUGGCAAAAUAAUCUCUAUACUUUUACACAAAAUCUUAAUGUGGAUCCCUAAUAUGUAAAACUGGUGAAAGUGGUUUUUCAGUAUACUUUUAAAAACACUUUCAUUUAAAGGUAAUAAUGUAUAUACAUAGUAAUAAAUCCAAAUACUACAAAAGACUUAAAAGAAAAGUGUCUCCUUACUCCAAACCUUCAAUCUUUCUCCUCAGAGGAAGUCUGGAAAAAUCCCAUGCAUAUUUAAGCACACACAUAUAUACACAUGUGAGUAUAGGGAAAUAUCCUUUCCCCCCAAAAUGGAAAAUAUUAUGCACUUUGCUUUUUUUGCUUAACAAUAUAGUUUACCCAUGUUUCUUAGAGUCCCAUUUAUUUUAAUGGCACUUGUAUGGGUGACUGUGAUUGCUCUAUGCCCUUAUUUUAAAUGUCCAGGCUGCUUUAAUGAGUACAGUACAUUGAGAUGAGAUUGAAUGAAAAUUGCUGUGUUUCUUCUGCUUUGUAUCCUGUUCAUUUCUGUCAUCUGUUGUGGUGGCCUAGUGUCCAGCAUACCCCAAUACUCAGAGCUUAGGAGGGGUGUCCUCUACUUGCUUUUGUCAUUUUAUGGGAGUGGACAUACCCCAAGCCUAAUUUUAAAAAGACAGUCUCUGAACUGUGGCCUUCUGAAUUGCUGACCCAUUUAGAAGUUCACAUAUACAGAGAUUCAAGUUCUGAAGUCUACACUAAAAUGAGUUCAUCUGGAGGUGAUGCUGUGAAUGGUUAUCUCCAUUUCAUUUAAAAGUGGUGUUAUUAUAUUUUUAAAUAAUUAAAAUGUGCAUGUUUUUAAAACCAUGAGACAUCUCUGUGGAAAUCUGAGGUUCUGAGAAACCUAAUUCAAAAGCCUGUAAACUAGACCUUCCCAGUUAAGGUUCCCAUCGUGUAGAGCACUUGAGGGAGCCAGCCGGAGGGCGGGGGGUGUCGAAAAGGGGGCUAGAGAGUGGAGGCCAGGUGCAGCGUGGUUCUGAAGCACACCGGCUGACAAAGAGCCUCUCUCUGGCCCGACUUUACUCAGUUGCCUCUGAAUUGUUUUCCAAGGAGGCCCCGGCUUUUGGCCUUUUGGGUUUAUCUCCAUAGUGUCCAGUUUUAGCGAGAAUCCUGCUAGGUUGGUUUAGCCAGAAACCCCCAUCCUCUACAUCUGAUCACCUCAAUAUCUAAUUGAGCUCCUCACCUGCACGCCCCCCCACCCAGGUGAAGUCUGAUCACCCCAGCCUGUCUCUCAGCAAGAAUCCUAUUACGGCAGUUUAGCCAGAAUCCUCCUCACCCCUCACCACUGAUGUUCCCUCGUAAGCAAUUUCCAUCCCCUGCUCCUUGGCUAUAAAUCCCCGCUUCUUCUUGGUGUAUUCAGAGUCAAACCCAAUGUCUUCCCUCACAACAAGACCCCAGUGCAGUGGUCCCUGCAUCUAUCACCAAGUACCUGCUUGAGUUAAGUCAUCUUUAUCAUUUUUAAAGAGGGUCGCGAAUAAUUUUUUCUUCAAGAUUUUGCAGGCAGAGGCCCUCCAGGCAGAGGGUGGCAGUUUGGAGGGCACUUGGGGUGGUUCUGGGUGUGCAGGCAAAAGGAAGCUGAGGUUUCAUCCUGUUCCAGCUGCGGGAGCCAUUAACCUGCUCUGAGCAGGAGGGUAUGAUGAAGCUUUUUUGGCUCCUCUUAACCCUCGUCCCUCAGAAGCUGCUGAUGAACAAGUAGAUUUCCACCUGCGCGGAGACCCUGCGCCCUCCAGAGCAUGAGUUCUCAGCUGUGAAUAAAGAGGGAAAUUUGGAUAUUGCCAAUGCAGGCAACUGCCUAUAAGCAGAGAUGGCUCUCCAAACCUGGAUAUUCCGUCUUUACCACUGCCUGUGCGGGAUGUAAAAAUCCCUUUAAAAAUACAGCCAAUAAGGAUAUUGUUUCUGGGUAUUACAGAUGGAUGGCUUGAGAACCAAGCAGGAAGUGACAUUAGAUGACCUUUGAGGUUCCUUUCAGAUCAAAAGAUUCUGUGAUCCUGACUCACAGGAGCGUAACUUCCUUUCCAAAUCGGGCCUGUCCCUCAGAGUCAGGUCCAAAUGCCACGUGGUUCUCUGAAGCUCCCAGAUCCACCCGCGGGGAGAGAGUAUUCUCUCCUCUGAAGGCCCAUAAACACUUUGUUACUUCUUUAUAAAACAUCUGACUCUGUUCUUUGCGGCACCAAUUACUUCCUACCGAGUUGUUUGGGUGAAGAGCUUAUUUCUUCCCUGGGAUGGGAGUUCCUGGAGGGGGAGCCCGGGUCAGUUCACAGCACCUGUCAAGAGGUCUUGCUUUGUUAAAUGUUUGGCAAGUGGACAUAGAGACAAGCAGCUUGGUAGAAACAAAACCAAUAACUCAUCACAUAGAAAAACAGCCUUGCUAGAAAUUUACAUACAGCUAUUAAAUUAUUAAAUUCAACUAAAAAAGUUUAGCAGCCUAAACCCAGCAUUUGCAGCCUCGUGCAGAACCAGACUAUUAUGACUUGAACUGUAUCCCUCCAGAAUUAAUAUGUUGAAUCCCGACCCCUCAUACCUCAGAAGACUGAGGAAGUAUGGUCGUUGCAGAUGUAAGUAGGUAAGAUGAGGUCUUAGGGUGGGUCCUUAUUUCAUGUAAUUGAUAUUCUCAUAAAAAGGGGUUAUUAGGAUAGACACACAUAUAGGGAGAGCACUAUAUGGAGAUGAAGGCAGAGGAUCAGAGUGAAGCUUCUGCAAACCAAGGAAUGCCAAAAAUUGCUGGCAAGGUGCCAGAAGCUGGGUGGCAUGGAACUCUUCCUCCCAACCCUCUGAGGCAGCCAGCUCUGCCAACACACUGGGCUCAGAGUUCCAGCCUCCAGAACUGAGACCAUACAUUUUAUUGUUUAAGCCACCCAGUCUGGUGCUGUGUUUCAGGAGCCCUAGCAAGCUACUGCGCAUGCCUACUUCUACGUUUCUGGUAGGACUGGGGACUUGGCUGGGCUUUCUGGAGAACAACGGCAAUAAGUAGCAAAUGGUUCACCCUCUCAGACCCAGUAUUGACUUCUUGAAAUAACCCUAAAGCUGAAAAAAAAAUUACUUUGUGGACUUCUACUGCAGUAAAAAGAAACAAAUUGUUGAUACAUAAAAAGACUUGGAUGAAUCUCCAGGGAAGUAGGUGGAGUGAAAAAAGCUAAUUUUAAAGGUUACAUACUGAAGUGGGGGUGAGGAGGAUUCCAUUUAUAUACCAUUUUUGAAGUGAUAAAAUAAUAGAAAUGGAGACCAGAUUAGUGGUACCAUGGGGUUGAGGGGGAAGCAGGAAGGCUUGGGAGGACAGUGAGCAUGUUACACAAGGGUAAUGAGGGAUCUUUGUGGUCACAGUUAUCUUGGCUGUGAUGGCCGAUACAUGAACCUAGGUAAAGUUGCAUGGAACUAAACACACACACACACAUGCACAUGGACACAUACAAGUGAGUAAAACUGGGGAAAUCUGAUUAAGACUGGUAGAGGAUAAUAAUGUCAAUACUCAGGUUAUGACAUUGCACUAUAGUUUUGCAACCAUUGAAAGAAACUGGAUAAAGGGUACAUGGAAUUUUCUCUAUUAUUUCUUACAAGUGCACAUGAAUUUACAAUGAUCUCAAAAUAAAAAGUUUAAUUUGAAAAAUGACUUUGUACAAGGAUGUUCAUAGCAUCCCUCCUGAGGAUAGAGUGUCGGAGAAUAAUCUAACGUACCCACAAUCAAAGUCAGCUAAAACCCUGGGGGGUCAACUCUGGGGGUAUGGUUUAGCUCUAAACAAUGACAAACUUGUGGAUGAGUGCAUAUAAAGCUGAAUUUUAGUAAAGUGAAGAAGCAGAUGGCAUCAUAGCAGGUUCUCUUUGAGCCAUUCUGUGAAAAGCAUGCUAGACAUUGGCAGAAAAUAACUCAAAAGGAUGGAAAUAAUUUAGAGGUUAAAUUCCCCUAGAUUCUUCUCUCUUUUUUAUUUUUUAGCAUUACUUCAGUUUCAAAAAAUAGUGAAAUGAAGUCUUGAGCCUUGCUGACCUUGGGGCCCUGGCUCUUCCCCUGUGUCCAGCAGGUGGCAGAAGUGUUCCAAGGAUGGUUCCCACCGCGUGGGUCUGUGAAUGGGCCCGCAGCUGCCAACAGGAGGCGGUGCUCCAGCAUCAAUGGUGCCCACUGAAGGAAUCCAGGUCUCAGCACUACCCUCUCCGAAGUCCAGGGCAAGAAAACAGUUGUCCAGCCACAGCAGGGUUAACAGUCUACAUUCCAGAGCAAGAGAAAGGGAGGUUGAAGGGUCACAGACGUGGGGAGGGGGCGCAGAGGGCCAGCUUCCCACAACACCCACUGGCUCUGCUGGGAGAGAUAGAUCACCCCCAACAAUGGCCACAGCUGUUUUCGUCUGCCCCAAAGGAAGCUGACUUAGGAAGCAGGUAUCAGAGAGGGCCCUUCCUGCAGGGGCUUCUGUCUGGCUUGUAAAACUGUCAGAGCAGCUGCAUUCAUGUGUCAAGUGAUGGAUGAUGGAAAAGAAGGAGCUACAGACGGCUGCAGAUGGACACAGCAACUUACAAGUUGAGGCAGGUGGCAAAGGCCUCACAGAGGCUCUGCAGGUGGGGCAUGCUGAUUCAUUGCUCCGUGAAAAUACCAAGGGGACCUGGGCCACAGCCCUCUUCAGGGCCAGGAGCAGGUGGGCCUCUUCAAACAAUCCAUCUGCAGCAAAAGUUUCUGCUGGCUCUCCUUUCUUUGCCUACACCUCAGGUGUGAAUAUUCUCCCCAGUGCUCCUCCCCACCACCCCAGAUCCCUUGUUCAACUCCAGGGCUGAGAAAGCGGUUCCUUGGUUUUUGUGCGGUUAGCUGGACCUGGGAUGGCUUCAUGGAACUCACUCCGUGGUAUGCACCAAUAAGAGCUUCCACAUAGGACUCAAAGCUGUUUUGAAAAAUGUAAUGGGCUGGAAGACAAGAAAAAAAAAGUCAGAACUAAAAAUGCUGGCCUUGGCUUUUGCAAAGAAAAGGGAUCUUGUGCUCUCCACUCCUACCCACAGCCUGGCCAGGGAAAUAACUGCAUUUGGCAUAUGAGCCUGCAAGCCGCAGCAAGUGUCAUGGCCAAGAAGUGCCCGUCACCAUGCGCAGGUCCCCCGAGGAGCAGGUGCUGAGGUUUCCUCCUUGUUCUCCAUCACCAGAGCCUGUUGGCUUGCUGAUCUGGGCCUUGUAACCAGAAUCCCUGCCGCCUUGCCAAGGCAGAUGCCCUCGCUGUGGCCCUAGAGUUUUCCCUCUUGCCUUCCAGAGAGUGUCAAGAGGGGCUUGUUUCAGAGUAAUCAUUGCGGAGCCUCAUAGAGUUGGGACCAGUGAGACUUCUUAAAAAGCAUCCUUCCGCCUCUGCGUGGGUCUGUGGGGGCCAAAUACACACCCCUAGGGCCAUUUGUUGGUGAGAUCACAAAUGCACUUGGCCUGAGAAAUGGGAUCAGCUGGGCUCAGGCCUGUGGAGGCCUCAGAGCUGCUGUUUUCUUUGUUAAACUGGUCCAAAGUUUGUUUUGAGAAAGCCUAAGGGGCCCAAGGAGGUAAAGAUUAAGAGCUGGAGCUCAUUUCCAUAUCUGAAAACCACAGCCGCCUGCACGUGGGAGGUGCUGGAGAGCAGCCUUGGCGCACACGCCCCCUCUCUCUGGGUCACCUGGGAGCACCGACAGCAAUUUGGGAGUUAGCUGCACUUGAGAAGCAAUUUGGGAGUUAGCUGCACUUGGGAAGUCUUCUUCAGAGAGGGCUUGCUCUGAGCACACCCCGUUCCCUCCCCCUGGGCUGAGGGAAGCAUGCGAUCAGCCCUGCCCCAGCCUGUCCUCAUUGGCUGGCAUGAAGCAGAGGGGGCUUUAAAAAGGCAAAUGUGUCCAGGCUGGGGACUGGAGCCUGUGCUACUCAAGGCUGGGUGCCCUCCUCCAGCUGGCACCAUGCAGCUUUCCCUUGCCUUGUGUCUCGUCUGCCUGCUGGUACAUGCAGCCUUCUGUGUGGUGGAGGGCCAGGGAUGGCAGGCCUUCAAGAAUGAUGCCACGGAAAUCAUCCCUGAGCUGAGCGAGUACCCGGAGCCUCUGCCAGAGCUGGAGAACAACAAGACCAUGAACCGAGCAGAGAAUGGAGGGAGGCCUCCUCACCACCCUUUUGAAACCAAAGACGUGUCCGAGUACAGCUGCCGCGAGCUGCACUUCACCCGCUACGUGACCGACGGGCAGUGCCGCAGCGCCAAGCCGGUCACCGAGCUAGUGUGCUCAGGCCAGUGCGGCCCGGCGCGCCUGCUACCCAACGCCAUCAGCCGCGGCAAGUGGUGGCGCCCGAGCGGGCCCGACUUCCGCUGCAUCCCCGACCGUUACCGCGCGCAGCGAGUGCAGCUGCUGUGCCCAGGCGCGGCGCCGCGUGCGCGCAAGGUGCGCUUGGUGGCCUCGUGCAAGUGCAAACGCCUCACCCGCUCCCACAACCAGUCUGAGCUCAAGGACUUUGGGCCCGAGGGCACACGGCCGCAGAAGGGCCGGAAGCCGCGGCCCCGCGCCCGGGGCGCCAAAGCCAACCAGGCAGAGCUAGAGAACGCCUAUUAGAGUCUGCCCGGAGGUUGCCCCCGACCGGGCGCUCCAGGUUUCCGUCCCCCGCGCGCGGUUUGAUUGUUUGUAUUUCAUUUUAAAUGCCUGCAUCCCAGGGCAGUGGGCCGAGACCUUCCGGCCUUGGCAGAAGGUAGCCAGGCCCUGUAGAUAUGGGCGCCAGCCAUGCCCUCUUCUCCCCGCCCUCUGAGCGGGUCCGCAGGACAGGGGAGUCACAGACACUGAGCCACGCAGCCCCACCCACCGGGGCUGCCUACCUUUGCUGGUCCCACUUCAGCAGAAGAGGCAGAAAAGGAGGCAUUUCUCUGCCCAGGGGUUUUAAGGGAACAGUGGGAAAUGAGAAAAGUCCGGGGACUGGUUAAGAAUGGUCGAUAAGAUUCCCCUUCCUAAAGGCCAGUCCUAAAAGCCUUUAAGUGCCUGUGCCAAGAAUGCAGGACUGGGGUCUGUAGAUAGAGUUUCUAGUUCCUGCUCUGCCACUAACUUGCUGGGUGAUCUUGGACCACACUCUUUUUCUGAACCUUGAUUUCCUCUUUGUAAAAUGGAAGUGGGGGUGGGAUUAAGAUCUGGGGGAAUCUACUGUCAUAUCCCAAGGAUUCGGGUGUGCUUUGAAUAGAGAGAGGUUGGAUGGACUCACUGCCAUGGUGGCUUCCAGAAUUCAGAGUUGUAAUCCUCUGAUCUGACAGCCAAAGAUGAAAAACAAGCAGGAGAAAAGAAGAGUCUGUUUCUGGCUGACAGACUCCUGGAAGAAGCUGUGUUGUUUUCCAGCCUGCCUUGCCCAGAUGUCAUUGGCUACCUCCACCUCUCUAUCUCAAAGGAUAUAAAAACAAUAGCAUUAGUUGGAGUAGAGAAAGGCAAGGUCCCCAAGGGUGGAUGGAGAGACAGAACCUCCCCCUGCCCAUUUCAAAGAGCAGCAACCUCCUUCCCCUAUGGCCAAAUUUUAAAGUCAUCUUCUGCAGAGUAAGGCAAGGUCCCAGGACACUGGGCUUGCAGGUCAAGGGAGCAGCCAUCACGCCCGUUCAAAGACCAGCAGAUCUCUUCCAAGGCACCUCCUCCUGCCUACCACUCACGGACAUACUUCUGUCUAUAUAAUAGCUUCUUACUGCUGUUAUGUGUGAUGGUGUAUCUUACAUUAAAACAGUAUUACUGGGUUAAAAAUUACAAGUGCUGUACAUAUGCUGAGAAACCUCAAAGCCUAAUAGCUACCAUCCAGAAAUCUGUUUGAAAGUCAUCUCCGGACACCUCUUACUUUCUGUGUAGUUUUAAUCGUUAAAAAAAAAAAACAAAAAUCACCUUUUUUUUUUUUUUUU